UCACCAACAAGUAGUACUGAAACAUCACCAACAAGUAGUACUACAACAACACCAACAAGUAGUACUACAACAUCACCAACAAGUAGUACUGAAACAACACCAACGAGUAGAACUGAAACAUCACCAACAAGUAGUACUACAACAUCACCAACAAGUAGUACUGAAACAUCACCAACAAGUAGUACUACAACAUCACCAACAAGUAGUACUACAACAUCACCAACAAGUAGUACUACAACAUCAUCAACAAGUAGUACUGAAACAACACCAACAAGUAAAACAGAAACAUCACCAACAAGUAGUACUACAACAUCACCAACAAGUAGUAUUGAAACAUCACCAACAAGUAGUACUGAAACAUCACCAACAGGUAGUACUGAAACAUCACCAACAAGUAGUACCACAACAUCACCAACAAGUAGUACUGAAACAUCAACAAGUGGUACUGAAACAUCACCAACAAGUAGUACCACAACAUCACCAACAAACAGCACCACAACAUCACCAAUAAGUAGUACCACAACAUCACCAACAACCAUACCACAACACCACCAACAAGUAGUACCACAACAUCACCAACAAACAGUACCACAACAUCACCAACAAGUAGAACCACAACAUCAACGACAAACAGUACCACAACAUUACUAA